UUCUUUCUUUAAUCUGUUUUUAAUUGGUCCGUUUCUUAAACACUUAUUAGCUCUGCCCACUUUCUUGGAGUCCGAAGCUGCUCUCCCCUCUGCACACAGCCUCCUCCACCAUCCUCACCCCCACUCUGUGUGCCGAGCGCUCAUCUGAGUUCAGCCCCUUCUGCUGAAGACUACCUGGGAAGGGAAGAGAGAGGCAUUCAGGGGGCUGCGCGCUGUGAGGCAAGGCAAAGGAAGCGGACGCCGGAAGGGGGUGGGAAGCGAGACAGGGACUGGACGUGGAACUGGGGAUUUUGGUCCUUGUUGCUUCGUAAAACAUUCGGGAGCGAUGACGGCGUUCCCUGCUCUUUGGCUGCUCUUGGUGUGCCAGCUUUUGUCAUCCUCCUCAGCUCAGAGACCCGGCCCCAGAGGGCCCCCAGGGUCACCCGGAUCCCCAGGGCAACCAGGAAGAGAUGGGACUGAUGGAAAAAAUGGACCCGCUGGACUGCCGGGGAAACCUGGUCCCAAAGGAAAAGCAGGAAUACCAGGAGCAGCAGGAAAACCGGGCCUGCCGGGACUUCCAGGGAUUGAUGGUUUAACCGGUCCUGACGGUCCUGCUGGCAGAGAUGGACCCCCGGGGGAGGCAGGUGAAGCAGGGCCUCCUGGACCACCUGGACCUCCUGGCAGAGGGAGACCAGGAGCUCCAGGACUACCUGGAACCAACGGGUUGCCGGGAGGAGUUGGACCCCAGGGUCCUGUGGGUGCUGAAGGUCUUCCAGGACUUCCAGGACCUCCUGGCCCUGAUGGGCCCCCUGGGCCUCCUGGUACACUUCAGGAUCUUAAUGGGGAACUUCUGUGUCCUGCAAUCUGCCCCCCUGGUCCUCCUGGUCCACCUGGGAUGCCAGGUUUCAAGGGACACACAGGACACAAAGGAGACAAGGGGGAGCAGGGAAAAGAUGGAGAGAAGGGGGACCCUGGUCCACCAGGACCAACAGGUGUACCAGGCACUGUGGGUCUGCAGGGCCCACGUGGUCUGAGAGGUUUACCAGGAACAAUGGGACCUGUAGGCGACAGAGGCCUGCCUGGCUUCAGAGGCAAGCCCGGCAUUGCGGGCAUCAUUGGCAAGACAGGUGAUGUUGGUGAAAAAGGACCGCAUGGAUUCAGAGGACCUAAAGGAGAAAUCGGUAAAACUGGUCCCAAAGGAGCUCCUGGGGGACCAGGACCCAAAGGAGAUCCUGGUAUGCCUGGGAGAGAUGGCAAAGAUGGGACGCCAGGGUUGGAUGGUGAGAAGGGUGAUCCUGGACGUCAUGGAGUAGUAGGAGAAAAAGGACCAAAUGGACUUCCUGGUCUACAAGGAAAAGCUGGUGAAAAGGGGUCUAAAGGAGAAGUGGGUGAUCCAGGGAAGCCUGGAGAGACGGGACCCUCUGGAGAGCCAGGUAUUCCUGGUGAGAUUGGCGUCCCGGGGGAGAGGGGGUUAGCAGGACCCAGAGGAGUGGCGGGAGGUAUCGGACUGGCGGGCAAUCCUGGUCCGCUUGGAGUGAAAGGCUUCCAGGGAGUCAGUGGAGGUUUAGGCGAGCCAGGUCUCCCAGGGCCAACGGGACUCCGUGGAGAGUUUGGUGACAGAGGUCCAGUUGGAGCUUCGGGACCUAAAGGAGACAUGGGUGUGGCAGGAAGUGAUGGUUUACCAGGAGAGAACGGAGAGGCUGGUCCAUUUGGACCAGUUGGACAAAAAGGAGAGCCAGGGAAGCAGGGGGAGCUGGGGCCAAAGGGUGUGACGGGCCCACAAGGUGAACUCGGGCCAAGAGGGGGUCCAGGGAAACAGGGACCAAUGGGCUUCCAAGGGGAACAGGGUCUGCCAGGAAUUGCAGGAAAGACAGGAGUACCUGGUAAAUUGGCGAGUGAACAGCACAUCAGAGAGUUGUGUGGUUCAAUGAUCGAUGACCAGAUCGCACAGCUGGCUGCAAACCUUAGAAGGCCUCUGGCACCUGGAAUGGUGGGCCGCCCCGGCCCUGCAGGGCCUCCAGGACAGCCAGGAGUUGCAGGUUCUAUUGGACAUCCAGGCACUCGAGGACCACCAGGGUACAGGGGCCUCCCAGGAGAGCUGGGAGAUCCUGGUCCCAGAGGUGAUGUUGGUGAGCCUGGUGACAAGGGACCCAUUGGCAAAGCCAUUGAUGGACCCACUGGAGACCAAGGACACCAAGGUCUGCCCGGAGUCGCUGGAAUUGCCAAAGAUGGUCGUGACGGAUCUCCCGGAGAUCCGGGUGAGCCUGGAGAGCCAGGAAGGGUAGGUAGGACUGGGCACCAUGGACCUCCUGGGAUCUGUGAUACAUCAGCCUGCCAGGGAGCGUCAGUCGCUGGCAAAUCCUCCAACCCCAAAAAUUUUUAAAGACAACUUCCUGAAACCUGAUGGCUCCACUUCAAUGGAAAGGAGGGAACAAAAGAAGACAACGAUCACAAUAAAUCCCUCUUUAUUUUUUAAAAAAAGGAUGGGAAGAAUAACAUCAGCAGGUGUAAUACUUUGAAAUGAAUGGAGGAAUGUCCCAGGAAGUGACAUGAACAUCAGAGCAACAAAGAGACAAAUAAAAACAGGUAAUAUACAGAAAUGGUGUGGAGUGAGGGAUGGAAGAGUGCACGAAAACGACUGCAUCAAUCCAAACAUCAGCAAAUAACAACUGGAAUGAGACACAGGUCUUUUGUGUAUAAAAAACUUUGUAUGUUUCCUUGCCACAUUUACUUUGGUUAACAUCACCAUGGCAAACAACAUUCUAAAAACAACUGUGACUGUCUGCAAUGUGAAUAUGCAUUUAUCAUGGCCCGUUGUGUCGUUCACAGGUGUUAACCUCAACAUACAAACUUAGUGUAAAUUAUGGAAAUAAGUGCUGCCUCUGUCAAGGAGCUGUGUAUGUACUGUAAAAUUAAUAAAACACAAAUACCCAGGUGCCCAAAAAUUGUGUACACUAAUGCGAAACAAAACUCAGUAGCCCUUUUUUACAGCAUUUUUUUGUUUUUGAACUUUUGAAGUGAAUUUGCCAGAGCUGACAAUCACAAAUAGAAAAAUAAUUGUGGAUGCAUAAAUUUGACAUAAAAAAAUACAUAAAUAUUAAGAAACGUGAGAGUUUUAGAAUUCUGUUUUUUUUCCAUUGACCACAUCCACUAUGUACUACAGGUGCUGUAACAAUUAAAUAUUCAAAAGUUUAAAUACUAUUUAUUAUUUGUGGGUGACUAUUUUGUGUACAGUAAGAUGCUGCAGCGACAUGUUGUAACAAAUAAAGCCACUUUUCAUAAA